AUGAGUGCAGUGAAUUCGGACAAUAAACAAAUCUCUAGUACCCUCUCUAUUGAAGCUGAAUCUUUUACUCCAGGAAAAAUGUGCAAUUCUGAUGAAAGUAAAAAUAACGCUAGGCUUUCCGGUGAACUUCCUAGCAUCUACACAGGUACUACUUCUCUUCAAGUGGAAGAAAGAGUAUCUAGGGGUGAAAAUAAAGAAGUAUUACUAUGUACAGUUCUUAUCAAGGCUUUAGAUUCUUCUGGGAGGUUUCAGUUAUGUCGUGCCUUAUUAGACCCUGGUAGUCAAGCUAAUUUUAUUACUGAAGAUUGUGUUAAUCGACUUGGAUUAGGUAGAAAAAAGGCAAACAUAGCGGUGUCAUGCCUUGGCGCUACUGCCGCUCGUACUAAUGGUCUUGUAGACUUGGAGUUUUCUCCGCAUUUCGAUUCUAAGCUAAAGCUUAAAAGUUCAGCAUUUGUAAUGAAUAAAAUUGUGGGAAAUCUACCGCACACAUCAAUUGAUGUUAGAAUUCAAGAAGCCUUCAAGGAUCUAGUACUCGCAGACCCCUCUUUUCAUAAGUCAGCUCGAAUUGACAUUUUGCUUGGUAUAGAUAUUUUCCUUCAAGUGUUAAAAGGUGAAAUUAGCAACGGAGGUGAUGGUUAUCCCUCAGCAGUUCGUUCUUCUUUUGGCUGGAUCAUUUCAGGAUCUGUCAAUUUAUUUAGGGAUAAUGUUCCACUUGUGUUAAAUAAUAUAGAUAUUGAUACUAAUGAACUUAUUUCUAAGUUUUGGGAGUUGGACUCGGUGCCAUCUGUUAGUUUUCUAUCAAGUGCUGAGAAGGCUUGUGAGGAACAUUUCAAAAAUACUCAUUCUAGGGCUGAAGAUGGAAAAUACAUAGUAAAAUUGCCUUUCCACACCUCUCCAACAGAAUUAGGUGAAUCUAGACAGCAUGCUUUACGCAGGUUGAAUGCAGUUGAACGUUCCUUAAGCUCAAACCCGGCAAAAUAUAAACAGUACCAGGAUUUUAUGAAGGAAUAUCUUGAACUGAAACACAUGGAACCAGUUCCCGAAACUGAUUAUGCAAAGAGUGAAGCAUAUUACAUUCCUCAUUUUCCAGUUUUGAGAGAGUCUAGUACAACAACGAAAUUGAGGGUGGUGUUUGAUGCAUCGUCCAAAUCAUCAUCAGGAUACUCCCUAAAUGAUCUAUUGAUGUUGGGCCCACGCUUGCAGUUGGAAUUGUAUCCCAUUCUACUUCGAUUCAGAACAUUUCCAGUUGCAGUCUGUGCCGAUGUGGAGAAAAUGUUUCGACAAAUAAGGGUACAUCCUGAAGACGUAGAUUGGCAGAGAAUUUUGUGGAGAAGUAAUUUAGAAGAACCGGUAAAAGAAUACAGAUUGCUCACGGUAACGUAUGGAACUGCAAGUGCGCCAUUUCUCUCCACGAGAACAAUACAUCAGCUUGCCUUAGACGAGAAGGAUAGCUAUCCCCUUGCUUCAAACGCUACAUUGAAUCAUUUUUACGUUGAUGACCUUUUAAGUGGUGCGUCAUCGGAAGAAGAAGCAUCUGAGCUUGUGAAGCAGUUAAAGACUAUGAUGGCAAAGGGAGGAUUUAAUCUUCGUAAGUGGAAAUCUAAUAACACCAACGUGAUUAAAGAAUUCCUAGAUGAAGAAGAGGCUGCAAACUUAGAAACUGAAGUUAAGGUUCUUGAAGUGCAAGAUUUCAGUUCAAUGAAAGGAAUAGAAUGGUCCUUCAUUCCUCCAUAUGCACCUCAUUUCGGAGGACUGUGGGAAGCUGCUAUUAAAAGUACUAAACAAUUGCUAGUGAAAGUGUCCGGUUCUGCGCUUCUCAACUUUGAGGAGUUUUACACGCUCCUUCUUCAAAUAGAGGCCUGCCUCAACUCCAGACCUCUUACCGCAUUAUCAUCCGACCCAUCAGACCUCAGUGCCCUGACUCCAGCUCAUUUUCUUGUUGGGGGUCCCAUUCACCAAUUUCCUGAGCCAAGUACUUCAUCUAGAGCUUCUUCUCUCUCUGAGAGAUGGAAGCUCAUUCAGAGACUUCGCCUGGAUUUCUGGAACCGCUGGUCAAGAGAUUAUCUUCAUACUCUUCAACCUCGCUCCAAGUGGUGGAAGGAGCAGCCAAAUUUGAAGGUUGGGGACAUUGUUCUAGUUCACAGAGAAAAUGCCGCGCCACUAGAGUGGACUCUUGGUCGGAUUGUUGAACUUUUUCCCGGAACUGAUGGAAGCGUCCGAGUAGUGACUGUGUAUACUAAAUACGGACAUUUUAAAAGAGGCAUAAAUAAGGUUUAUUUACUUCCAAUUUCAACUUAA